AUGAGAUCUUCUACAGAGCUCCCAUUCCGCAUCUUGACGAAUAACAUUCGUUAUGCGACGCAGUCACCAUUUAAGGGAGAGAAGCCAUGGGAAGAGCGCCGGCAACCCCUCCUAAAUCAGCUGCUGUAUAACACCCGCAACCAAGACGCUUUCAUCUGCCUACAAGAGGUCCUUCAUAACCAGCUCAUUAAUAUACACUCUGGACUGAACCGGAAACAUUCUACAGUCUCCACUAAAACUGAAGACAAUGCCUGGGCAUAUAUUGGCGUCGGGCGAGAUGAUGGCCAUGAAGCUGGCGAAUACUCACCUAUCUUCUACCGACCGUCGGUCUGGCAGCUCCGGCAUUGGGAAACAGUCUGGUUGUCUGAAACGCCGCAUGUCCCCUCGAAAAGCUGGGAUGCGGCGUCCAUCCGCAUCGUAACUAUUGGUGUUUUCACACAUCAUACAAGUCGUCAGACUAUUCUGGCGAUGAACACCCAUUUGGACGACCAAGGAUCCCGCUCUCGCUUUGAAGCAGCCCACAUUAUCCUUCGGAAGAUUGAUGAGUACCGGAAUGGAGAGUACAAAGAUGUCAUUUCCGCAGUAUUCCUGACGGGUGACUUGAACAGUGAAGAGGCACAAGAGGCCUAUUCGGUGUUAACAGGGAGUGAAUCCACUCUGGUUGACACAGCAAAAACGGUCGAUCCGGCGGAACACUACGGUAACCAUUUGACUUGGACGGGCUUCGGCUACGAGAAAGAAGACCCUUCUCGUAUCGAUUACGUCCUCGUAGGACCAGGGCCCGUGAAGGUCCUUAGCAACGGAGGCCAGCCAUGGAAGGUGGAGGGGUACUCCGUGUUGGCCAAUCGAUUUGACGAUGGUGUGUUUAACUCGGACCAUCGAGCGGUUGUUGUCGAUGUGCGAUUAUGCAGCUAG